AAUAGGGGAAGUCACUUUGUGCACGGCUGCUCCUUGCUACAGAAGACCUGGGAUAGAGGACUGCUCUCUGCCUUCUCUGGUCACCCUGCCCAGCCAGAGGAUCUGUGACCCCAGCCAUGAGGACCCUCAUCAUCCUUGCUGCCAUUCUCCUGGUGGCCCUGCAGGCCCAGGCAGGGCCACUCCAGGCAAGAGCUGAUGAGCCUGCUGCAGCCAAGGAGGAGAUUUUAGCAGACAACAAUGAAGUGUCUAUUUCCUUUGCAUGGGAUGAAAGCUUGAUUCCAAGCGAUUCAGGCUCAAGGGAACGCAUGGCCUGCUCUUGCAGAAUACCAUCAUGCAUCGCAGGAGAACGUCGCCUUGGAACCUGCUUCUACCGGGGAAGAGUGUGGGCAUUCUGCUGCUGAGCUUGCAGAAAAAAGAAAAAUGAGCCCAGAGUUUGCUUUGAGAGCGAAAGGGAAUUGCUGUUACUCCUGUACCUUGUCCUCAAUUUCCUUUCCUCGCCCUAAAUAAAUGCCUUCUAACAAG